UUUGUUCUUGCUCUUCUAUUUAUGCAAGUUGACUGUCUUUUCGGGGAAUGUUUUCGUUCAACUGUGGAGUAGCGUCGACUGUAUGUGUCUCGUCCGCCGAUGCGUCUUUCGUUAAGGAAGUCUCAACUGGACGCCGUUCGCGAUAUGCUGGCCGACGUUCGGUGGAAAGUGCUCCUACUGGUCUUCCUCACGGCGCUGGGAAGCGAGGUCUUCGGCUGCAAGCCGUUUGAUUCCGUGCGACGAAGGAGGCUUAUGCGGCUUAAAGGCAACUUCAUAAAGAUACAAAACCAGUGCAAAAAGCAAAUCUUCACAUCAAUUAAACUUGUUGCUCGGGACGACAUUAAAAAGCUGAUGAACGCUUUCUGCGAAGCCCACGAUGCUUGUAUGAAAUCGACAGCAGAUGGAAAUGCAGUUGAGCUCAUAGACUGUUGGACGUAUGCAGUCAAGAACGAGACUGGCCCUUACCACGCCACGGCUCUUCCGAGAGCCUGUACAAAGCCAUAGGUGCCACUUUCGCGUGCCUCAGGAACACCGACCUCGCAAAGCUGUCAUUACAAUCGAUCGACGACCUCACUUCAUUCGGCAUGGAGUACGCCUUCGCCAUUGGAUAGUUAGCCAAGCAACACUCGUGUGCCGGCGAAAUCCGCGCUAACGUUUUUUUCCAAGAAAAUAAAUGCAGGACAUGUGUA